CGAUGCAGCAGGCAGACGCGACAACGAAGCGCUGAAGUGCAGUCGUGCCGAAGAACUAAACUGCUUCAACAACAGUUAACAGCAACAAGAGUCGAUCGCAACCGGUAUAGCUUCUCGCUCGGUGUUUUCUAUCGCCAGCUAGUUGCAUCAGCCACCCGUUAAAAUACGAUUAAGACUAAGAAAGCACUUCUUGACCGGUCACGAACACACCUAGUGGCCUUUGCUGGCCUAUCAGGGAUUUUUUUGAAGUUCAGCUGAAGACAGACUAAUCUUAACUGAAGUGAGCCCUUCAACAGGCACUGGAUCUAGUAGAAGAAGCGUUCUCCGAUAUUUCGAGCAUCGGACAUAGCCUCAUAAAAUGUUAUGGUGCACAUGUAAGCGGUAUAUAUAUGUAUACAUAUUUCUGGAUUGCUCUGUAACAAUAGGGGCACAAGCUCAAAGAUUCUCGAAAGAAUUGUCCGUGUCCUUUUAGCAGGGCGACAAUAUUUUGUGUUCCCCUUGCGGAUGUGCUGAGGUACGAUGCAUCUAUUCUUCCAGUAGAACAAGCGUUGUUAAUGGUAGCCGAGGAUCAACAAAAAAGACAAGUGUGGCUAAAUCCUUCUGGUGUUCAACCGAUCUGAGGAUUCGUCAUUGCGCCCAUCGCUAUACGACACGUCGCUACUGAUAAACCGCAGAAUUUUAGAGGAGGACAAGCUAAGAAGAUCGGGUGAAGACGAGCCAAACAACUGCGUUUGUCGUUUUCUGUUCAUUAUCUCUCACAGCAACCCUUUAAUUGUUGCCAUUAGAUUCUCCACCUAUUUUCAUUUUGGCCUCCGCGUGGUGGGCAACUUUUUAACUAACUGCGCUAUUUGUGACCGGCCUGCCUACCGACCGGCGGACAUUGUGGAGUGCGAUGACUCGUGUCUCACGUUGAAUAACUUCGCAGUGCUAAUUGAGGAUCAUAGUCGUUGCCGAUGCCGCAGGGUGACUCAGAAUAAGCUUUCUAGACGGUGCUAUUGCAGAUAGAAAUAGAGAAAUAAAACGGUCACGUCAGCAAAACUGUAUUCAGAUUAUGAGCCGGUUGAAUUCAGCUAGAAUCGGCCGUUUAUGAAAAGCAAGUUUCGAAAAGAGGUUCACGUGUUGUUAUUUGGUUUAUAUCUAUACGAUUACAAUUGGUAGCAUAUUAACUGUCCAGGAAUAGCAGAUCACCGUUUUCUAUCGGUGUCGAGAUUUACCGAGAACAGUGCUAUAACGUGACACUCCAUCUUCUAAGAAAGAACUAAAGGGUUUGUGUACCGGAAUCGUAGCAUGUUUCACAACUAAAGACGCCUGUUGCAAGCCGUUCCCGUUGUAGAAAGAUGACAUAAACAUACAUAAAUGCCUGUAACGUGACUAUUAAUCUGUGAUUCGCCAGUAAAUCUGCAGAAUUGGAUACUACAGCUUUGAUGCCACGUAACAAUAAUGCCUGGUAACGAGUAUCAUCACCCCCAUAAUAAUCACCACUCACAUCAACAGAUAUCGCUAUCUUCGUCAAGUUCAACUCCCUCGCCUCCACUGGGAUCUCGUGGAUCGCAUGAAUCAACCUCGCCACCACCGGCCCCACCCCUGGCUUCGCUGGGUUUUGAUACACCUCCCGCGCGACCAGCCAAAAAGUUCCCUAGUGUCGGAAAAAAAUUUUCAAAUGGAACCACAGCACCGAUUUUGCCUCCUCCGUUAUCACGGGGGGGAAUCCCCGCUGGAAAAAUAUCAUCCUCUAACGUGCAGCGUUGUCCCUUCUGUCAACAAGCUGGCGACCAGCAUGAGUCACACGUGAUAGAUGGUGAAAGUUGUUGCCCAUAUGAGCCAGUGUACUGCGAGAGCAAAUGCGGAAUGAGGAUACCCCGAAAAUUAGCUAGUGAGCAUCUUCGGGCCGAAUGUGUGAAUAGGCUUACUGCGUGUCCUUUCUGCGGCUACGAUUUUGUCUUCGAUACGCUCAAGAAACACAUCCCAGCAUGUCCACGAUUUGUGGCAGAUCACGUUCACAAGCAGCAGCAACAGCAACAGCAACAACAACAACUUCAACAUGUUGAAGCUGUACCGGUAACUCACAUCACCUCAAAAACGACCCGUGACCUUCAUCUGAAUAAUAAUAACCACACAAAUGGAAAACUGCCACUUUUGAAUCCAAUGCUGCCGUGCGUGUUUAAGGAUAUUGGAUGCAAAUUUAAGGGGAGCGCGCCAGCACUCGAUCAGCACUUGGAAAGCUCGUCUAGGAGUCAUUUGGCACUUACGUGCCAGAUCGUUUCCCGACAACAGGCACAAAUCUCUGCAUUGAGGUCCGCUCUCCAUAACGUAACAUUGAAUACAACGGGCACGAUGCUAUGGAAGGUGACGGACUUCUAUGCAAAGUUGGGCGAUGCCAGAGCCAAAGAGGGGUACGAAGUUUGUUCUCCGCCGUUUAUGACGUCAGCACAUGGAUAUAAAUUGCAAGCAAGUCUUUUUCUUAACGGCAAUGGCUCAGGAGAAGGAAGUCACCUAUCAGUGUAUAUAAAAAUUCUACCAGGCGAAUUCGAUUCUUUAUUGCGUUGGCCUUUUUCAUUGACUGUAUCAUUCACUCUCAUAGAUCAACCCCUAAACCCGGAUAAGGCCUGUCACAUCAUCGAGUCAUUCGUGCCAGACCCAACGUGGAAAAACUUUCAGCGACCGUCGAAGGAGCCAGAUGCCCUUGGUUUCGGUUUUCCGCGCUUCGUUUCCCAUGAAAUGCUCAAGAAAUGUCAUUACCUUCGCGAUGGCACGCUCUUCAUACGCGUCAAAGUCGAUGAAAGCAAAAUUAUUGCUGUUUAGUAAAUGGCCAUUCAUCGAUAUUAAUUUCAUUUUAUUAUCAUUUAUUUAUCCUAUCGUAAACGUAAUUCAUUAAAUAAUGCCCUAGCGGUUCGAUGCAUUCACAACAGUGAAUGAUUACUUCCUGACUAACUCCAAGAUAGUUCGCCAAAAAAAAAGUAUAUAUAUAUAUAUGAAUACAAUUUUCUGAAAUGAAAAUUAUAAAAUGUUUCUAUCGAAGCUUGAUAGUUGUUAAACUCUAGUAAGUUAUAUACGAUCGCGUAUGAAGAAAGCAGAAGCACGUAUUUACUUUAGUACUAUGUAACCUUUAAGCUACCUUCAGAAUCAAUUGAAACACGAAACAUAGCAACUAUAUUACCUAACCUAAUCUAAUCUAUAGUGAAAACCCUUUGUCGACAGAAGAUGGUUCAAUUUUAUUUUUUCAUAUCAAUCAUUAUUAUAAUCCAGUAACUUACGCACUGGUGUAAUGUCACUUCUCAUGAGGAGUAAAGCACUUCAUUAGAAUGAACCUCACACACUCUGAAAUAUUAUUGGUUCCCUAAGCCUAACUAUUUUAAACUAUUAUAAAUUAAAGAUUGCUUACCGAUGCGUCCAUAGAGUAAAAAUAAAACUGCGGGUUGACAUCCCAAAAGGGCAACCGUAAGUGAGUAAAAACACACACACAUAGAUACAUAUAUAUAUAUAUCUGUAAUACUAAUAGCAGUGUCUACUAAAUCAUUAAUAUGUGUAUCAACUCUGUAUUAUAAUGCUGCUCAACCAAAGCCUGUGUACAUUCCGUAGUUGACUCUAGACAGAGGUUUAUUUGUGGAAACCAUCGAUAAAAGCGAUGAUUACAAUGGAAUUACAUUAGAAUAAAAAAAAAAACAACUAUUAUAUCUGAGGUAAUCAUUGUUGUGCUAAUUUGACGGUUUAAAAUCACAUUGACGACAAUGACGGUACUAUAGAUAGUCAGUACAGUCAUAAUUGACUGCAGGUAACCAUUAUGAUUUGAACUCAAUUCUUCUAUCGUAUGGAGAUAUAUGCUUGGUUUCACCAAGCAUAUAUCUCCAUACAGGUACAGGUCCUCUUGGUAACAGGACAGAGUAACCAUAAGGUGUAUUAUCAAUCACUGUAAAAAUAAUUGACAACGAGUUGUUUCUAUAACGUACUUGGCAUGAUGAAAAACACAACUCAUAUCGCCAAUGUACAGCCACUUCAGCAUGCACCGACUCUCAAAACGUGCCUCGACCGUGCUAUCAAGUCGUUUUGUUACAUGAGUAGAAUUACUCCAACUUACCAACUUAGAAACCUGUACGUUCACAACAUUGGCUGUUGGCAAUGCCUCCUGUUUUUUUUUUUGCAAACUGCUUAAGUUUUAGUUUGUCAGUGAAGAUAAUUUCUAGAAAAAAGUAAGCUCAGUGAUAAAAAAAACCAAUACGGAUUCAGUACAGGUCGAGAUACAAAAGGCGUGACUCUCAUGGUUAGACCUUUUUGGCUGACCAACGAAAAGUGACUGAAAAGCAACUGCGACCGAUGACACAUCGGGAUCGGUUCUCGAAUCUGCUCCCUUUUGCAUAUAUGUAUGCACCCAAUGUAUAUAUAUAUAUAUAUAUAUCGGGUGGUCGAUCGUUUUUGAUAUUG